AUAUCACCGCCGGGGACGCAGAGUCAUUCACCACAAAAGUCCUCACAGCAAACGGCGUGCCCCUCGAAAAUGCCACAAUAAUCAGCAAAUGCCUCGUGCAAGCCGACCUCCGGGGCGUAGACACGCACGGCAUAAACCGGAUCCCAUCAUACAUGGAGCGUAUCCAGCAGGGCGUGCUGGAUGCUAAGGCCCACCCGUCCCUGAAGCAGAUCACACCUGUCGUCGCACAAGUAGACGGACAGAAUGGGUUUGGGUUCGUGGCCGCGCACAUGGGGAUGGCGCGGGCGAUUGAGAUGGCGCGCGAGUACGGCAUCGGGUUCGUGUCUGUCAAGCACUCGAAUCAUUUCGGCAUGUCGGCGUGGAUAGUGCAGCAGGCGUUGGAUGCGGGGAUGAUGAGUCUUGUGUUUACGAAUUCGUCGCCUGCGUUGCCGGUUUGGGGCGGUCGGGAGAAGUUGAUGGGGGUUUCGCCUUUGGCGUGUGGGGCGCCGGCUGGGAAGGAGAAGCCGUUUAUUUUGGACAUGGCGCCUUCGAUUGCGGCACGCGGCAAGAUUUACAAGGCUGCCCGACGUGGGGAGAAGAUCCCCGCUGACUGGGCGUUGGAUGGGGAGGGCAGGCAGACCGAGGAUCCGAAUCGGGCAUUGGAGGGCGUUAUGCUGCCUAUGGGGGGUCCCAAGGGGUCGGCGUUGGCGGUUAUGAUGGAUGUGUUUUCUGGGGUUUUGUCCGGGUCGGCGUUUGCCGGGCAUGUUACGGGCCCUUAUGAUCCGUCGAAGCCCGCGGAUGUGGGCCAUUUCUUGGUGGCUAUUAAGCCAGAUUUGUUUAUGGGGUUGGAUGACUUCAAGGAGCGUAUGGAUUAUCUUUAUCAGAGGGUGGUUGGAUCUGAGAAGAUGGCUGGUGUGGACCGGAUCUACUAUCCUGGGGAGAUUGAACAGAUUACGCGCGAGGAAAGAGUGAAGACGGGGAUUCCUUUCGUUCAGGCUGAAAUUGAUGCUUUGAACAAGGAGGCGGAUAAGGUCGGGUUGGAGCAUCUUGUCGUAUCAUAGUUUGCUUGCGCUUAUAUUGCAAGAGCUUUUAUGUCUGUAGCAUCAUCACUGGUUAUGUUUAG